UAACAGUUCACCUCGCGGUUCAGAUCCUGUUUUACUCCACUGAUGUGAUAAUUUUCAGGAACAGAGAGAGAGAGAGAGAGAAAUGUGGCGAAGGCGCUUCAGUGCCGGUUGCGCGCGCGCGCCGAAGGGAAAGAAAUGGGACGCCAUUGUGAUCGGCGGCGGCCACAAUGGAUUGACAGCGGCGGCUUACCUGGCUCGCGGUGGCCUUUCUGUCACUGUGCUUGAACGGCGCCACGUCAUCGGCGGCGCAGCUGUCACCGAGGAGCUUAUCCCCGGCUUCAAGUUCUCCCGCUGCAGCUACCUCCAAAGCCUUCUUCGCCCCUCCAUUAUCAGGGAAUUAGAGUUAGCCAAACAUGGAUUAAGGCUGCUAAAGAGAAAUCCUUCAUCGUUCACACCCUGUUUGGAUGGACGCUAUCUGUUAUUGGGGCCGAAUAAGGAGCUUAAUCAUUCUGAGAUUUCGAAGUUCUCCAAACAAGACGCUGAUGCUUAUCCCAGGUACGAGGAGCAGCUGGAGAAGUUCUGCAGGUUCAUGGAUCCACUGUUGGAUUCACCUCCUCCAGAAUCUUUGCAUGGUAUAUCAUCUUUUAAUGACCGCUUAAGGAAUAAAAUGCACAAAUCUGCAUUCUGGGCUCGUUGCUUCCGGCAGGCUGUCUCCUUGGGGCAAAGAGAUAUGGUGGACUUUGUGGACCUUUUACUGUCUCCAGCUUCAAAGGUCCUGAAUAACUGGUUCAAGUCAAAUGUCCUCAAGGCAACCCUUGCUACAGAUGCUGUGAUUGGCGCUACGGUUAGUGUGCAUACACCUGGAAGUGGCUAUGUUCUGCUGCAUCAUGUGAUGGGAGAAACUGAUAGUGACCGCGGAAUUUGGUCCUAUGUUGAAGGCGGGAUGGGUUCUGUAUCUGUGGCUAUUGCCAAUGCUGCCAAGGAAGCUGGCGCUCACAUUAUAACAAGUGCAGAGGUCUCCCAAGUGCUAGUUGAAGAUUCUUCCAUGGUGAAAGGGGUACUGCUAGCUGAUGGCACAGAAAUGCAUUCAUCAAUUAUUUUAUCCAAUGCAACUCCUUACAGAACUUUCAUGGAGUUGGUUCCCAGUAAUGUUCUUCCAGAUGAUUUCCUCCAUGCCAUUAAGUACACUGACUACAGCUCAGGGACUACCAAAAUCAAUAUAGCUGUUGAUAAAUUACCCCACUUCGAAUCUUGCAAAUUGAGCCCUUCUGGUGCAGGUCCACAGCAUGUGGGUACCAUACAUAUUGGUGCAGAGAGUAUGGAAGAGAUUCACUCUGCUUGUCAAGAGGCUGCAAAUGGUUUACCAUCACAACGGCCGAUAAUUGAGAUGACAAUACCAUCUGUGCUGGACAAGACGAUUUCUCCACCUGGUAAGCAUGUGAUUAACUUGUUUAUCCAAUAUACACCCUAUAAACCAUUAGAUGGCAGCUGGCUAGAUCCUACAUACCGAGAAUCAUUUGCACAAAGGUGUUUCAAAUUGAUUGAUGAAUAUGCCCCAGGCUUCAGCUCAUCCAUAAUUGGUUAUGAUAUGCUGACUCCUCGUGACCUUGAAAGAGAAAUUGGUCUAACAGGAGGCAAUAUCUUUCAUGGUGCUAUGGGUUUGGAUUCUCUCUUCCUCAUGAGACCCGCUAAAGGAUGGUCAAAUUACCGGACUCCUUUGCAGGGCCUAUACUUGUGUGGAAGUGGGGCACAUCCUGGAGGUGGCGUGAUGGGUGCACCUGGACGUAAUGCUGCUCACGAGGUUCUUCAAGAUGUUAAGAAACAACUGAAGUAAUAUUUAUUUACUAGGUUGGAGGUAAGAUUCAAACUAUUAUUGGCUUUAGGGUGUGUGAUAAAGAGCGGAACCAAUUGCCUCCAUAUAGUGCAUUUUAAUGCAUAAACUUGGGGUUUUAAGUUUCUGUUCUUUGAUUUAGAAUCUGCGUCAGAUACGUCUUUCAUAAACUUCAUUUGCUAGUAGUUGCCAUUUGUCUCUUCCAAUUUUACAGCUAUAUGGGGAUUGGAUCAAUUUCCUUCUU